AUUCAGCCCUCGUCACGACCGAUAAACUUCAAGAGGUCCGUUUAGAGUGGUUGAGAAGAAUCACUCUUCUUCCCCAUUCGUGUUCCACGAUCCGAGAGCUAGAUUCCUUCCUCACUUCAUCCCAAGAAGUGACUCUCGGGCCGUGGCGACCUAAAAAUUUCCAUUUGCGGGUCCCGUGUUGGAUCAGCGUCUCCUGCAGUUGAAUUUACAUAUUUUGUAUUCAGUCUCCUGCUUUCUUUUUCUACCAUUUUCCCUCCGCGGUGAUCCAACAAUUAAUUCUAGCGCGCUCCUGGGUGUGAAGAUAUAGGGAUAACCAUAUUUCCAUUACGGCUUCAUACAUAAUCGAGGUGGGUGCAAAGUAAGCUUCGUCAAGAAGGGAAUGGCAAAGUUCAAGGAUAGGACUGAAGAUUUUAAAGAUGUUGUGCGGCAUUGUGCUGUUUCAUUAGGGUAUAACGAGUCCAAGUUGGCGGCUAUUAUGGCAUCUUUCAUCAUUCAAAAACCUCGGCAAAGGUCACCUUUUGUCAAAGCUGCCCUAAAAACGCUUGAAAGUAUUGGUGCUCUUGAGGAGUUUAUGUUGAAACAUCAAAAGGACUAUGUAGAUAUGUAUCGCACAACAGAUCAAGAGAGAGACAAUAUUGAACAUGAGGUAACUGCCUUCAUCAAAGCAUGCCAAGAACAAAUUGAUAUUCUAAAAAAUAACAUUAAUGAGGAUGAAACACACUCAAAGGGCUGGCUUGGCGUUAGGGCUGAUGAUGCUAAUGCGGAUACUAUUGCACACAAACAUGGGGUGGUACUAAUUUUGAGUGAGAGACUCCAUUCGGUAACAUCACAAUUUGAUAAGCUAAGAGCCAUUCGAUUUCAAGAUAUCAUAAACAAAGCAGUACCAAGAAGAAAACCAAACCAAGUAACUAAACCUCAUUCUGCAAAUACCCUUGAAUAUAGUAAUACGGAGCUGAGGGAACCUAAUAAUUUUGAGCAUGAACCUGUCCGAGCCCAACAGCAACAACUGUUGGAUGAUGAAACUCGUGCACUUCAGGUCGAGUUGACUAGUCUUCUUGAUGCAGUCCAAGAAACAGAAACUAAGAUGGUUGAGAUGUCUGCUUUGAAUCACCUUAUGUCUACCCACGUUUUGCAGCAAGCACAACAAAUUGAAUUUCUUUAUGAACAGGCUGUUGAAGCUACAAAGAAUGUCGAGCUUGGUAAUAAAGAACUUUCCCAAGCAAUUCAGCGGAAUAGCAGCAGCAGAACCUUCCUUAUUCUUUUUCUAUUUGUGCUCACUUUUUCAAUUCUCUUUCUUGAUUGGUAUAGUUGAUUGGAUUGGUUGUAUCGCAUUUAUGUUAUCCAUAACACAGAAGCAAGAAAUGUAUGAAAGCACAGAUGAAAAUUUAGAUCACAUUUUUGUUACUGCAAGUAUUUUUCUUUUUAAA